AUGACUUUGCUGAUCACAAUUACGAUUUCUCUGCUAUACGCAAGAAGUGGUGAUUCAAGUUACUGCACGGCAGCAUGCUUAACAAAGUUCCAAAAAGUGGUCUUAGCAACUACAGGAGCAACUGAUACUUCAUCUUUAAUGGCGCCAUUCCAUCAGAUCAUUGGAACCUCUGACGACAACGACCAAGCUUACCGGCAGUUUCGAACGCUUUGCCACGCUGUUAAACACUGGGAUACUUGCAUUAAAUCUUGCUCAAACGAUAACGCAAAGGCUGUUUUUCUCUCGUCAAUGGAGCAAUGGAAGAAAUUUUGUGCGGUGAUGCAAAAUAAUGAGUAUCUCUACUGUGAGCGAGAAUACAGGCAGCAAGUUAAGCGAAAUUGUGAAGUAUAUUUGCCUCCAACAUAUUCAGUUGCCAUAUUCUGCAAAUCCCUAGAAAAGUAUCGAAAUUGCUCGGAUAGAUACAAAUAUAGAUGUAGCGACGCAGCAUUGCAGAUUAAAAAUGAAAUCGAGGAAGCAGUGCAGAACAGUUUCUCGAAACUUAUACGACUUGCCGGCAACCGCAUACGACUUCCAGAUAAAUGCAAUAUGUGGCAAAACAAUCAUCGGCAUCGCGGAAAGCAUGUUCGCGGAGAAGUGUUGCAUCGAACCAAUCUUCUUAUUACAACCACUCCGACUUUAACAACAACUACUACUACAACAACGGAAUCGCCGGGAUCAUGCGUCAAUUGCAACUGCGUGGAUGCGAAAUGUGAUACUACAUUGGAAGAAUCUUACACAACGGCAGAAAUUCUAGACACAUCAAAUUCAGAGCUGCUCAUUAAGUCAUAUCCUCACGUUUCAAUUCAUCACAUUAUUGGGAUCAUUUUAUUCAUUUAUUUAUAUUGA